AUGUAUGGGGUGGUUGCACCCAAAAUGAUUAUCACUGAUCAAGAUUGGGGGAUGAAACUUGCUGUUCAACAAGUACUUUUACAAACAAGGCACCGAUGGUGCAUGUGGCAUAUUAUGGUUAAGGUGUCAGAUAAGUUGCCCAAAUCCUUGCUUGGUAGUGAAGAUUUCAAAAAAGAGUUUAAUGCAUGUGUUUGGUCUGAUUUGUUAGAGCCUGAUGAGUUUAAUAUAAUAUGGAAUGAUAUUAUGGAACGGUAUGGAUUAGAAGACGUCCACUGGUUUGGAUCGAUGUUUGAAGAUAGAGAAUUCUGGGUUCCUGCUUAUGUUCGAGAUUUUCCCAUGGGGUCGCUUCUUAGGACUACAUCGAUGUAUGAAUCAGAGAAUAGCUUUUUUAAAAACUACACAAAGCCUCGUGCAAAUCUUGUACAGUUCAUGAAUUUCUUUAACUGUGCUGUUGGAGAUCAAAGGAAUGCCAAUUCAAGAUUGAACUACUUGGAUUACUCAACUAUUCCUGAUUUGUCAACCCAAUUGCCUAUUGAGAAGCAUGCAUCUACAAUCUACACUGAUAAUAUUUUCAAACAUGUACAACAGAAAAUAAGUAUGGUAUGUGAGAUUGUUUCGAUAACUGUUGAGGAUAACAUCAAGAUGCAUAAGGUCAAGGACCAAUAUGGUAGAACAUGGGAUGUUAAGUAA